AUGAUCAUCGAGAACAACUCCCUUGCUGGAAUGACGUACCUCCCCGCAUCAAAAACCCCAUCCAUCCAUCCAUUCAUCCAUUCAUCCAUCCGCCCCCUACUCGCGCAGCAAGCGGUACGGGCCAGACCAGACACCGAAAGAUUCGCGAGUCAGUCCAAAAAAAAGUACGAGUUGCGUUUGUCGAUCCGGCAUCCCACGAUUGGGUGA